GUUCAGCCAAAGCACCUCACCUCAUUUCCCUGAGGGAUUCAAUUUAUACAUGUGUACGGUUAUAUAGGGGCGGCGGGUUUGCACGCGUGGGCUUAACACAUCCACAUCGGCUCAGCUAUUAAGUGGGACCCACGUAGGGCUGGAGAGAACAUAUAAUAACAGUCACCGAAAUUCAUGUAUGCAUAUUUAUGUAAUGCCUGAACUUGAAUAUUGGGAGAGAGAAGAACGAAAAAGAAAAGCGAUAUAACACAGGUUUGGUUUGGAAUGUUUCUACACAUGUUAUGGUGAUUUCUUCUUCGAAAGUUCCUUCACUUGCCAGUGUGGGGAUUAAAAGAGAAUAAGGAGAUUGAGAGGGGACUAUCAAUCAUGAAACAGUUGUGACUUGUGAGAACAUCAUUCGAUACACAUUAGGGCUCCAUUUGGGAGAAAACUAUAAAUCUGUCCUUUGCCUUUGUUGGGUAAAUGACCUGAACUCUGUUUUUCUCUUAGGCUAACAGUAGUGCUUUGUUGAUAUUCCCUGGUAUGGUGCACCGUGAACCACAUGAACAUAUUUCGUGGGCAGAAUUUCAAUUUGUUAUAGAUGAGUUUGGAGGUUUGGAAUCUCUCUCCAGUGAAUGUUCUGAUUGCGAUGGAUCUUUUGCAAUACAAGAAAAGAAGGAUAGACUUUUUUGACGACAGAAUUUUGGAGACCGACUCUGAUGAUGAUAUUCUUUUCGACGAUGGUUACUUCCAAGCGGAGUAUUCUGAAAGGUCUGAUGCCCGAGUGGAUUGGGGAAUGUCAGAAAAUUCAUCCUCGGUUCAUCCAGUUUGUUUCGCCAAGUGCUUGAAAAGGCUCUCAAACCUGCCUUUAUUGAUGAAGAACUAUAUGUCAGAAGACUCCUCAAGGAUGAAGAUAGCGAUGAUUACACCUAAGAUUGGAAAGAUACUUGGAUGACUUAAAUUAAUUGGAGAUAAUUGAGCAAAACAUUUUGUAAGUCAUAGGACUGGUGGGCUUCUCGGAUGAGUGGAGAAGAUGUUAUCUGUCGAUUUGACUCUGGUUUCAAUUUAAUGAAUUCAAGACAUUCAUAUUCACUUGAAUUUUUUUCAAAAGCUACUUUUCUUUACUAGCAUUAAAGCGGGGUAAGUUCAAACCAAAACAAGAGGUGAAAAUGAACUAAACUAGUUUUAAAAGUCAAAAUAUGAUGGAUCUGUUACAUUUUUCGUACACUGCUACAACUUCAAAUAAAUGCGAAAAAUUAAUAUGCUUGCACUGGUAUGUUACCCUUUAUUUUGUUACCAAUAAAUUGGAUAUGCCAAGUGACAUCAAUUUAAACAAGUUCAUACUGAAAGAAACUCAUCCAUAAACCACCCUUAUACAUUCUAGACCUGAACCCAUCAAGAAGUAAGGAUUGCCAAGUAGGCCAGGAGUUUAUUUUGAGAAGUAACAUGCAGAUGUGAAAACAUCAUUUUCUUUGUACACGAGUACCAAUUUAUGUAUGCUCUCUCUCAAUUUCUGUUUUGCUGAUGGAAUUGAAUUUGUUAUUUUGUACUUAAAGUUACUGGUCUAAUUCUUUAUGUAGGGCAUUUUCUGAUACUCAAUUUUUCUUGCCAGAUGGAGAUAGUGUCAGUUUCAGUUCUAGAAAUGAUGGAAGCCAUGAUAGAUCGACUGUUUAUAAGUUGGAAUCACAAAAAUAGAGCUGUUCUCUAUGUAUGUUGCUCAGGCAUGUAGACUGCAAAUCAUUUUUUUUUUUUUUUGCAGUCACAGCACAAGUUAUAUUCAUUUACUCUAUGGAUACUGGAUGCAUCAGUGUAUGGUGGUUUGAUUAAUAUGUAUACACACACUUAUAUGUGCGAUCGUGUGUAAUUACGUAAGAAGUUGAAGGCGUGAAUUCAACAUGAUACGUGUAAAGGAAACUCACUAGAAGACUAACAUAAGUAAAAAAAAAAAA